GGUGGAGCGUAACGACUGCUUCAUGAUCUUCGAGUAUCUCUCUCACGAUCUGACAGGACUGUUGAAUCAUCCGUCAUUCGUACUCACUGAAGGACACAAGAAAGACCUUGCAAAACAGUUGUUCGAGAGUCUCGACUAUCUUCAUAAGCGCGGCGUGCUUCACCGAGAUAUCAAAGCAGCCAACAUUCUCGUGUCUCGCCAUGGUGAAUUGAAGUUGGCUGACUUUGGUCUUGCGCGUUUCUACAACAAGAACGCAAAACGGAAGCAAGAUUAUACCAACAGGGUCAUCACUAUCUGGUACCGCUCUCCUGAGUUGUUGCUGGGUGAGACACAAUAUGGUCCUGCGGUUGACAUCUGGUCGGCAGCUUGCGUCCUAGUAGAGAUCUUCACAAAGCAUGCCAUCUUCCCAGGAGACGGUGGUGAGAUCAAUCAACUUGACAAGAUUUACAAUGUCCUCGGCACGCCCUCGCGAUCAAACUGGCCAGGCAUUGUAGACUUGGCUUGGUACGAGCUCUUGCGACCAAUGCAUAAGGUGCCUUCUACUUUCGCCGACAAGUAUCAAGAGCGCGUAUCUCCAGCAGCGUUUGACCUACUGAGUGCCAUGCUCGUCUUCGACCCAGAUACGAGGCCCACUGCCAGUGAUGUUCUGGAACAUCCUUACUUCACGACGGAAGAGCCCAAAGCAGACAAAGUUGUCGAGCUUGAGAACCUGCAAGGUGACUGGCACGAAUUUGAAAGCAAGGCGCUGCGCAAGGAGAAAGAGCGUGAAGCAAGAAAGAAGGACAAGGAGAGUGCAGAGAAGCGCAAACUUGAAGGGCCGGCGGGCGACGAAAGAGAGCUCAAGAGAAUCAAAACCGCCGAUGCGCAGGCUUAGCAAUCAGCGAGCAUGAGAUGAGAAAGGAUGUAAAUUCAAUAAUUGAAGAUCAACUUUGUAGCACACCAAAGCACGGCGUUGUUCUUGAGCAUAACCUCCUGCAUAACUUCCCCAGAUUCAGGGACG